AGUUUCGAGCCCGACAGCACUCACGCACGACCCUUUUCGCGAAAAACUUCGAACCCACCCAAGCGACGAAACUGCAUAUAACAGAACCUAUCAGAAUAGAAAAAACGCAGCUUCCAUGAUGGCAGCCGGAAUAACGCCCACCCGAAGCGACGUCCCCGCCAAAGCAACCCUCUUCGAAGAAGAAUGCUGGGAUGAUAUCGAAGUGCCAGCGGAAGGCCUGGACCAUUCCUUCUACACCGAGUCACAAGGGGACCCACCGUCCGGCGGUGGCUCCCCCUCUGCGCUGGGUGACUUUUUGGAUGGGGAAGGUGACGAGGAUAUGGUCUUUGGUGGGGAAUACGCGUCGGCGUGGGCGGUGGGUGCCCAGACGGAUAGCGUGCCUGAGACACAGGCCAAGCUUGCGCGGUCAGAGGGGAGUUUUCCUGAGCCGUCCGGGCACUUUUUUACGCGGCCAGAUGAUUCCGGGAAGGAGGAGUACCCUGAUGAGCUGCCGGAUUUUGGAGAAGAUAGCGUCGAUAGCAGAGAUAUGACCAUGCAUGCGCUCGCCCAACCACACCCAGCAGAGCCGGCUCAGAUCGUCGGGACUAUCCAACGCUUAACGCCAAAGUCAAAAGAGGUCAUCCAGCGUGAUGGUCCAAUACAUGCAUGGAUGGAGGAGACCACCGUAGCAUGUCCAAAUCCUACCACGAUCACUCCAAGCGCAGAAGCUGCCGAACCCACACCAUCAGCAUCCCACACGGACAAACUGGAAGCAAUGGACAUCGACAUGGAUGACGACUUCGACCUCCCCACCGACAUCACGACCCUCCGCCUCGCGGACCGCACGAUCCACAAAGCGCCCGAAGCCGACAUGACCGGCCACCUCGACAGCAUCUGCGACGGCUGGAGCGAUAGCCUGAGCGUGCACAAAGACCUGCCAUCGUUGCGAAUGCUGCACAGCCCGACCCCGAGCUCCACGGCAAGCAUGAUUGCGUCCGAGAGCGAGGAGGAUGGGUUUGAUGACCUGGAGUUUCCAGAGACGGUUGAGGCGCUGCGGUUGGGCACUUAUCAUCAUAGUAUGAGAGAGGAGAUUGUUGAGCCGGAUAAGGAUGAUGAGGAUCCGUUGGAGGGGUUGUUGAUUCCUGAGGAAGACACCCUGGACCCGGCAAGGCUGGGGAGGGCCGGGCUACAGAUCCCUUCCACACCUGUUGCAACGACACCGCAAACCGUCUCCAACCAUGCCCACCAUCAACAUCAUCACCACCACCCAGCCCCGCAACCACCACGUCAUCACUCCGACCCCCGCCCCCAAUCCCAGACCCCCUCCCCCACCAAAUCCACCACAUCAACAUCCAGCCUCGCCCGCACCCUCCCGUCCAAAAUCCCCCGCAUAAUCCCCUCCCCGCUCCCCACCCGCCCGCCCCGCCUCUCCAUCUCCACCCGCCUCUCCCACCCACCCACACCAACCGCCAUCUCCCCCUCCGUAGGCCACAUUCAACGCCUCACCUCCCACUACAUAACCACCCGCCGGAUGGGCAGCGACGCCAACACCGCGCCGUCGCGGUUACUGAGGAAACCGAAGAAUAGUCCGAUGUUUGGGGAUGGGAGUGAGUUGGAUGGGAUUGAGGAUCUGGUUGUGAGGGGGGAGGAGGGGAAGGGUGUGAGGAAGGCUGGGGGGCUUGUUGCGACGCCCGCGAAGGGAGAAAGGCAGAAUGAGAAUGUUGGGGGACGAGGCUCGCAGAAGAGGACGUUGUCGAAGGCUGGGUCGGCUGCUAGUUUGGUUUCUACUGCCCGGAUGAUUGUAGAUGAAAGGGAAAACCGGCGACCGUAUACGUCCAUACCGCCCGUGAAUCAUCGGCCAGCAAAGACCUUCUAUGACCGUCGCGGGCCGCCGCCGCCGCCCGCACAUAGGAAGCGACCGAAGAAGAAACCAAUGCUGAUCCGAAACCUGAACAACUCCGAUACAGUCAAAGUGGUCGGCAACAUGGUCUACAAUCCCCUCCUCCAAAAAUGGGAGGGCAACGAAUCCGCCCUUCUCGACUUCGACCGCACGGCCGCGACACCCACGCGCCCUGCGCUGAUCACAAACGUCGGCGGGUACAAGAUGCCGCAGACGGUCGGCGGGAUGGUGUUUGACCCCGUGACGAUGCGGUGGCUGGGGAAUGAGGAGGAGGCGGAUGUGUUUGGGGAUUUGGCGGAUGAUGUGGCUUCGGUUCAUGACAACGGGCUGGGCACGACAUCAGACCGCUCCGAAUUCGCCCUCCCCGCCUCCCUCCGCGAAUCCCUGUGCAUCGCCGAGGCGUCGCACAAGCUGUUUAUGGCGAAAUGGUACCCGCGCGCCGUGCUUGACAGCCAGAGGACGAUGAUGCGGGAUACGUCCAAGACGCAUCUUUAUGAGAUUCGUUCGCAUGCAAAGCCGGACAGGGAACGACGACGGAAUUCAGCGAUUUGGAGAUGAAUGUUUCCCCUGACUGUGUGCACGUGAAGGAUGCACGCUUGACCCAUGAAAGGCGGUCAAAGAGCUGGCUUCCACAAUCCAAGAGGAUCCCUUCCCUCCGCUUCCAAUCCCCGCGUCUCGCCAGUCGUAUGUAAUGUAUCUGCACCCUCUUUUGGGAGAAGACCCAACCUC